AUGGGUUUAGAUACUUAUUGUGAGGUCCACCUUGGCGGCCAGAAAGUCGGAUCAACUGAUAACGCUUUCAGGAGCUGGGUUCUUGAUGUGACUGAUAUUGUCGAAGAACAUCGGAACAGAUCGAUUCCUCUGACGCUCAGGUUUGCUUCGGCAUGGGAUACUGCCAGUCGUCUAGCUAAUCAGCCAAACCACACUUGGUUUCCAUCAGGAUCGUCCGGUAGCAAUGGUAGAAGACGCGCUACAACUAUCCUCCGGUAUGAGUACAGCUACCGCAAUUGGGUUCGAAAGCAGCAAUCGGAUUUUGGAUGGGAUUGGGGUCCAGCUUAUCUUCCUUCUGGCCCCACUCAGCCUGCUUACUUGAUCGGUCUGACCACUCCCGAAGAUCAAGGGAUCAAAGAAACAAAUUUGGAGCCCGUUGAGCCAGAGCCUGCUACGCCACAGGACAUCCAUAGUCAUCACCACCAUCAUACGGGGUUGACAAUUCAGAAGAGGAAAAAGAGACCGAAGAAUUCCGCUGUCCAUGACACCGUUGACGAUUCGCCGCCGUUUGUAUGGGUGCAUAGGUCUCUAAUAGACAUCUAUCGGCAAGGACAACGAAACAACCUCCCCCCAAACCAAAGUGCACCAUGGAUAGUAAACAUCACCCUCCCAAUUACUUCCCCAGAACCUCUUUCAGACAUCAAGCCCACCUUGGUCGCUAGUUUUCCUGGAACGUCAAUACAACUUCCCGCGAAACAGCUCACUCUUCUAGAACCUGCUGAAUACCGCAAUUUAGGCCCAAAUUCCUUUUGGACGACCGAGUUCCUCAUCCAACCUGAAGAUGUCGAGCUUUGGUACCCUAGUACUCUGGGCAACCCAAAGCUUUAUGAUUUGAAGUUGACCUUGGAAUUCCCUAGUCAACAUGCGAGAUCGCGAAAAGAAAGCACUCCUAUGAACCCGUUGACCUGGUACGAACGAGUGGGAUUUCGAACUAUCAUUGUUGACCAAAGUCGAUACACGGACCGAGAAGUUUCUCAGGGAAUCCAACCUGGAACCCGAUUUACCUUCGAAAUCAACGGAAAGCCGUUUUAUGUACAAGGCUCAAGUAUGAUCCCAAUCGACAACUUUGCAGCUCGAGUAAAUUCUACCACCAUCCGCUGGCUCGUUGAAUCUUCUUUGCUAGCACACCAAAAUGUCAUUAGAGUUUGGGGAGGUGGUGCUUAUCAGUCAGAUGAAUUUUAUGAUAUUUGUGACGAGCUUGGUAUUUUAGUUUGGUCUGAAGCAGUCUUUGCUUGUGGAGCCUAUCCUGUUUCCCCGGAAUCCUUCCUGGACAAUAUCCGUGCGGAAGUUGCUGAAAACGUUGCUCGCCUGAGUCGUCAUCCCAGCACUGCCCUUUGGGCUGGGAACAACGAAGAAAAAGGAUACUUGAUGGAUGUCAGGAACACUUGGCCGAAUGGGUCCAUUUAUUUCGAUCAAUAUGACUACCUGAACAAUCACGUAAUACGGGAUCUUGUUCUUGAGAACACUCGCUCCGCAUCUUACAUCCCAUCUUCAACUACACAAGGAUACCUUUCGCUUGAUCCCUAUACCUCUAGGUAUGAUGCUUUUACCAAAGGGGAAUUGUAUGGCGACCAGGAGCAUUAUAACUAUGACACCUCAGCCAGCUUCAAUAUUUCUUCUUAUCCUGUGGCUAGAUUUGUCAAUGAGUUUGGAUUUCACUCGCUAUCAUCAAUCUACACCUUGGACCGUGUUCUUGAUUCACCAGAGGCUUACAAUUUCAAUUCAUCUGUGAUGCGUGCUCACAACAAACAUCCACCUGCUGGGUCUCUCGCAUAUCCUUUCCCAGUAGAUGGCGGUCAGAAUGAACUUACGACAGGGGUGACAAGACAUUAUCCAACUCCCAACAUUACCGGUGAUGCGCGUGCUCUUUUAGCACAAUGGGCCUAUUCCACUCAAGUCUUCCAAGCCGCUUUCAUGGCGUCACAAAUCAGUUACUAUCGACUAGGCGCUAGUCGAAGAGAGAAAAACAUGGGCGCGGUUUAUUGGCAAUUAAACGAUGUAUGGGAGUGCACUAGCUGGUCAUCGAUUGAAUAUACCGGCCGAUGGAAAAUCUUUCACUAUCUUGCAGAGCGUGUUCAAAGCCAUGUGAUCAUCUCGCCAAUAUACCACGUGACGACACAGACUCUCGAUAUUUAUGUUACUUCUGACCUCUGGGAAAUUGCUCAAGGCGAAGCGCAACUGAAUUGGUACGAUUUUGCCGGCAAUCACCUCUCAAGUGCCACGCAAGAGUUUUCUGUUGGUCCUCUUAACUCCAAACAUCUACUACGAUCAUCUGGCCUAUCCGAAAUCGUCCCCAAGGGCCAUCCAGCCAAUGAUGCAUGGCUCCACCUUACUCUGAAAACUCACGACGGAAAGCAUACAAAUGAGCAGUUCUUUCAUCCUGUCAAGCUGAAAGAUUGCCUGCUCAGACCCACAAAGGUUUUAAGUCGUCCCAUCGGACAUAAUCAGAUAUCCUUAGAAGUUGCUCAUGGCGGGGUUGCGGCUUGGGUGAACGUUGAACAUCCGCCAGGAGUCCGAGGUUAUUUCAAAGACAUGAAGACCAAACAAGCCUCCAAUGCAAUAUUCCUUCGACCGAAUGAAACACGAGAUUUGGAGUUCGUCUUGAACAGCUACGAUCAUCAAGAUCUAACACGAAAUUUAGAAUCAAAGAUGGUAGUCCGCACCAUGUGGGAUAACCAGCAUCCAUCUAGUAAACUGUAA